AAAGACUACAAUUUCCAUCUCACGUUUCGGCAGAGUUUUAGUAACUUAGAGGGGGAAGGGAAGCCGAGAUUGGAGAGAGUGAAACUGAGCUCCUGGCACUUGUGGGGGAGAGAAUUAAGAUUUACAGCACCAAGCAACAGACACUCAGUUGUUCACUUAAAUCUGCCAAGAGAGGCCCGGUCUCCAUUGAAGAGGAGGAGCUGGAAUACCUUACUGGCCCCACAUUCGCUAGGCUCUGCAAUGCUGCUCCCCAGACCGUAGUUUCCAGUGGUUGACAAAUCCUUCCCCUCAAAUACUGCACGGCAGAAUUGUGGGGGGCCGAUGUAGGCCCCUGUCGCCUGGGUGAUUGCUUACUCCUCUCCUGGUGUGGCCACUGGCCUGAACUGUGGUCACUAUACAAACGUGUCUCUGGGCCAUCAUCUGCCAUGUUCCAUGGUGGACCCCAGUAGCUUAUUCGAAAGCCCAAUGCAACAAAGCGGGACACGCUAAGGUUAUGGGCAUGUUUCCAGCAGGUCCGUGUCCGACUGUCCGCUGCCGUUGAAGUGGUCCGGUUCCCGAGCGUUGCACGGCGGCGGGCGCCAGCGUGAUGCCACGCGAGGCUGGCAGAGCCCGUUUCUCUUGCCUGCCACCUCGUUCUCCGGAGGAAGGGCGGUCUUGCUGAUGGGGGGGCCGCUGAAGAAGACAGCUGGGCUGCUCGUGCGCAAGUUGUGUGCUGAUGACAGACUCCCAUAAUCGAUCCGUUCAUUUUCUAGCCCCUGCUUCUCGACCAGAAGAGGAGUCGGCUAGAUUCAUCGCUGUUUGUUGCUCAGUCACCUUGACGCAUCAAGAGCAGGGAAAAAAUAAAAUAAAUAAAAAUCCGGUUUUGUGUAAGAAAGAAAUUGCUGCCCUUGUCUUGGAAUCCAGAGCUUCAGUGUGGAUGAAUUGAUCCAAUGACUUGAUUCCAUGUUUUUGAAAGUUUGAAAUUGGCCACAAAGAACUGUUUUGUUGGGGCUUUUUACCCCUUGUGUCUUCGUUCUUGCAAACAUUUGAGUUUACUGCCUCAUGUUUUCCAUUUCUCCCUUUCUUUUGGUUUUUGGUGCACUGCCAUUAUAUGCAUUAUUGUUAUCUUAAAUGGACUCUUCAUUUUAAACACUAUGCGUGUCCUCAUGGCAGUAGCUGUGUUGUACAUUGGCUGCUGUUGGAGACCUCUUAGUUUGUGCUAAAGCUUUCAGGGACUGGGCAGAGGGGCUAUAGCCAGAGAGAAGUUGGUCCAGCAUUGCAGGUGGAUGUCAUGGAAGGGGAUAUUGCUGGCAUCAUAAAAGAGGAGGGUUCUAAUGGGGUACCUCAGGAAAGCAAACCAGAUUUAACCAAUGGUUGCUCUGCUCAUAAAACUGGUACGAAUGGGAUUACAUCAGAGUGUCACAACCCUAAGGAUCAAGUCAAUGGGAGCUCAGCACUCAAAUCGGUGCCAAUUUCAGCUUUGAAGCAGAAUGGCCUAUUGCAGUCUCUCACAGCUGGAAGGGAGAACCAUGAGAAAGAAGAGGUGAGCCCAGAGAUCCUACAGGCCCAGGAGCAAUGGGAGGCCCUGGAGUGCAUACAGCCAGCUUUUUCAGAGGACUCAACUGGUCACACACCCCUGAUUUCCUUCAAUGAGGCACUGCAGCAUUUCCAGACCACAGACCUUUCGGAGUACAUGAAGAACAUCCAGCCCACAGUGCGACGUACAGGCCUCGCCGCCAUCACACACUUCCUGUUUGGCCCGCCCAGACUGCACCGUGAGCUGCUGCAGGAGAGGGAUCUGGUGUUUGCCAUCGCACAGUGCUCUCUGGAUAACAGCCAGAAGGUACACACACGAGUGCUGCAGACUAUCUACAAGAGGCUCACUGGCAGCCGUGUGGACUGCCCUCGCUAUGGGCCACACUGGGAGGCGCUGGGAUUCCAGGGCACAGACCCUGCCACGGACCUGAGAGGAACUGGCUUCCUGGGAUUGAUGCACACGCUGUACCUUGUCAUGGACCCUGAGACACUCCAGCUGGCUCGAGACAUCUACAAGCUCUCCCAGCAUACUACUCAGAAUUUCCCCUUCUGUUUGAUGUCUAUUAAUAUUACUCGCAUUGCCCUCCAUGCCCUACGAGACGAGUGCCUCACUAAGGAAUGCAAUCGCAGGCAGCAGGUGGUUGGGGUGCUUAAUGACUUCUACGUCGCCACGUUCCUGCAACUGUACCAGAUCUGGAAGACGCAGUGCAAAACCAUCUCUGAUUCUGGCUUUGUACUGAAAGAAGUGGAAAUGUUUGCCAAGAAAAAUCCAAAACAGCUCUUGCGGCGUCUGGAGGGGUUUUUGCACGAGCGCCGGGCCGGGGGUGGCGGCCUGGUACCCGAGACCCCCUCCCAAAACCCCUCUCCCAGGUCUUCGCAGUUGGGCCCCUCUGCAACGCGGUCCAGUGGCAAGGAAAUGAACUUCAUCGGGGUGUGCGAACUUCCACCCGAGAUGGAAGGAGAGGCCCGGCUCAUCUAAUAGGACAUGCUCACAGGUGGAGAGGGACCCAGACCGGUCAGGAGAUGUCAGUAACGCUUCAUUAUCACCAAACGUUUUCCACACAGCAGCACUGACGGCAGGGUGAACUGAGGGCUUGAGAGAGGCUGUGCUAAAGGGCUCCCACACGACCUGGAAGGCUUCUCUCAUUUGUAUUCACAAUGCAGCUGGUACAAAUGUGUCAUUUCUUGUAUUGAACCAAUGAGGAAAGCUCCUUAAAAAGCUUGUUUUACAUUACUGAUUCUGGAAGGUGAUGGCAAACAUCGCAAAUAUGUAGGUUCAUAUUUAAAAUGUGAUAAAAGGACUUUGUUGGUUAUGGCUGUGUGAAAGAAUGUCAUUGAGAUGGGCAACCAAAUUUGAAGCAUUAACCUCAAACAGCCAAGAUUAAGAUCAUCAGGACAUCUGUAAUAAGGAGUAAUGUGUCUUCAGCUAUAAAAGGAGAAGAUCGUUUGGUUGUGAGGGAUUAAAAUGUGCUGAUAUGGUAGUGUUUUGACAGAUAACUGGUUAAAGUAUCCCUGAAGAUUAGCCUAAAGGGAGUGUGGGAACCCUUUUCCAUCCGCAGAGGUAGGGAUGUAUGGAGUUCAGGAAUAUACUGACACUUUGGAGUGAUCAUAACAUUAUAACUUGAUGCUGAGUAGAGUUUUGUAGUGGUUUGCGAUUCUAAGGUGCUUCAGAUUGUCUGAAAUAGUCUCAGCACCACUGGGUACAGCACUGUCAUUUGCCUCAUUUAAAUACCAUCCAGACAUUAAAAAUGUUUUCAAAUAAAUGUUUUAAAACUAGGUUGAAAUAGGUGCAGGUGCAAAACAGCUGAUCUUUUCAGACUGAUGUUGCCAUGCUGUCUCAAGCUAAUCUCCACAAAGCUUCCCAAUAACAAGAGCAAACGGUUUACUAAGCCUUUUGACUGGAGAUAAAAUUAAAUGAUUAAACUUCAGACUUGAGUAAUUUUAGAACUUACCUUUAAUUUGCAUUAAAUUAUUAUUUUAUCCUCUUGCUAUUUUUUUUUCUCCCAUCAUGAAAUGUUGAGGUUACACUUGAACAUGUGCACUUCCUGUUGCAAAAGGCUUUGUGAAUUGUUCCUUCCAUUGCGCUCAAUCUUGGCAGUAUUCUCUGUGCUAGCCGUAGGUAGUGCUGUUGCUCAGGAUGUGAAGUAUUCACCUGGUCAGUAGAUCCCUGCUGUAUUUUCAUUUGUGCUUUCCAGCUACUGCUUCAUGCUGCGAGUUUAAAUGUGUUUAAAUAUUGGUGACAUAACCAUGCAGCCACCCUUUUACAAGUAGCUGUAAUCCAUGUGCUUUGUUCUGUAUACCCCUGACCACAGGAUUUUGUAAACUCAGGUUUCAGUGGCAUUUGGCUUAUGUUACCAGUUACACUUUGUUUAUAAUGGUAGGACACUAAUAAACACCAGAUUUAACCUGGUGGUUAGUCAGAGAAUUAAAGCUAGUCGUUUUCUUCUCUUGUUUAUCCUGUUUACCCCAUAAAAUAAAAAUGUGCAUUACUUGAUAUGACAAUGAGCCAUGAUUUUGACACAAUCUUUAGGUAUGAAAAGAGAUUAAUCAUUCAGUAUUGUGGCUGUUAGAUUAAUCGUCACCCUUGACAAAGAACCUGCUGCACUUUACGUUUGGGAACACUACAGCUCAGACAAAACAGGUAAUUUAGACCUUUUCAGCAUGCAAACAAAUUAUAGCUUUCAUUCUUUCAGGACACAAAAUUGACAGCACUGGAUAAAAUAGGUGUAGAGUGAUCCUUGUAAAUUUUUUAAUUUGAUCUUAAUUUUAUGCAACAAUAUUGGCUAGGUUGCCCAAUUACUAUUGAUACUAAAUGAUUUAGAUAAUGUACACAAAGCUGUAGUAGUGCAAAGGAGAGUUUUCAGUUCUAAUUCUGCCUACAUUUAAAGCUAUAAAUUGAUCCUGUUUUUUGAGAAACAUAAAUUUACAGAAGGUUUAAUUUAGAUAUCUAGGUUUUGUUUUUCAAAAUCUGAGUUCUUUUCAUUUUAAGGGUCUAGCAGUAGUUACUUAAUGAUAAAACUAAAACACUGAAAAGGAACGUGGUGAAACCGACCAAGCAGAACUUUAUUGAAUUAACAGAACCACAAUUAAUAGCAAGAAACCUUGCCAGCUUAUUUAUUCUUAAAAUCAUGAGGAUUAGGCAUAAUAUCAGUUCGUGACAAUGAUGAUCCCUCUAAUUAAGCAAAUUGGUUGGACUAAAUUUUACAAGUGUAUUUCAAGUUUUUUUUAUAACUUUUUCUUGAAUCUUGUGCUGUGAGGCUGUACUGAGGGAAUAUUGUACAAAUGUGAAUGCAUGAAUGCUGAGUGCUGAAUGUUUUAUUAAUAAAUUCCAUGUAUGUGUGAGAUCACCACUCAUGUAUUUCAACAACAGUUUCUUCAUUUAGUUAUUGGUAUGUUGGAUAACACUGUGGCAAAACAGAUCUAAUACUGAAAGUUUUAUUUGUUGUAUAUAAACAGUGACAAAUCUCUGGUGGACAUGUACAGUUUAAAAUGCAUCACAACUCAUUUGUACAACAACUUGAAUAUAAAGCACUUCUAUCUGUAUAGCAUAUGGAAAUUGAUACACUUGCAAAACCUGUUAAAGACAAAAUGAUUUGACUCAUUUUACAGUGGAAUUGGAUUGAAAUCUUAUGGAUUGUUGUAACAGUCAAAACCUGUUGUGGACAAAGGUUACUCUUAACUAAUAUUUUUUUAAGAAAAACAAAAUAAGUUGAGCACAAAGUUUUACAGGUCUUCUAGGGUAAUCUUUGUGAGAUACUGAAGGAAUGGCCUUUUACUUGACAGAUGCAAAGCAAAUACGAUGGACUGAGGAAGUUAGGACAACGGUUAGUUAAAUGGGGUUUGGUAACAGACCCUCAUGAUUUUAAACAAAGUUAUCUCUAUAGUUUUUUACACAUGUCAGAGAUUGAAGCAAGGAACUACUGACACGCUCCUGUAAUGUAUUUAACACUGCAGUAAACAUCACUGUAAAAAUCCUCCUGACUUCCUGUACUGUCUGAUAAGUGCUAUGCAGUUAGAGAUCUAUUUUACUGGUUAUCUAGUGUCUAACAUAAAAUAUGCUUAAUGGUUCUUUGAAAAAAGUUAAAAGCUUAAUUAUUUUAUAGUGUAGUUAAAUGUUUGCAGUAUGCCAAUGAGUGAAUUACCCUGGUGUAGAAUGCAUGUAGCCCCUAGACCAUGGAAGUCUGCAGUGCAAAGGAAGCUUCUCUUUGUUCUGUGUCUGUUGUAUUGUCGUUGCACUGCUGGGAGUCUGUCCAACAGAAGGGGUCACGAUCUCUGUGUGUUUCAGUUUAUUCCACCAGACUUGAGGGGCAGUUAAGCAUUUGUACCUCCCCUGCUGCUUUAUUGCAACAAAUUGGACCCUUACGAUUGUGUAUGCAACCACCUACUUACCCUGGCAGCCCCAGUCUUAGGAAGCUUUUUGGGGAAAAGGGGAACAUGAAAGUAGCCUAAGUUUAAACUAUCCACAGAAAAAGCCCUUUACUGUAUAAGGAAGACUAUUACAUGGACAUUAUACUUCUGUAUUUACCUUGCACUUGAACCAGCACUUUCCUCUGUUUAAUAAAAGUACAAGUGCUGUAGUGCUUUAUAUAUUACCUGCUACCUUAGAGUUAAUAUAAUCCAGCAAGGCAGGGUUUUUAUUCCAUAAGGGACAUUCAGGCCUCUCUCACACUGUUCUUAUUUUGAAAUGAGCAGUGUUGUGCACAUUUUUGUUCAACAUAAGUGCUACUGUCAUCAGAUUUCAAUUGUUUUCAGAUGAGUUGAAUCUCCGUUUCAGUCUGUUACACGAAAUGGGCUGCUGUCUUUUGGAGGUGAACACUGCUGUUUGCACCUGCUCUGUGUGGCAUGUGCAUCGUGAAGCCCUACUUCUUCAUCCCCUUGACAGUGGUUUGGACUUCUGGCGCACAGCUACUGUUAUGUUCGAUCUGGUUCACAUCCAGCUCUGCUGCGAGGGGGCUCGGAUCAAAGGAAGAUGAAAUAGCUGCAUCGCGGUUCUGGCUAAGCUCGGUGUUGCUGGGGUUUGCAUGCAAACUUUAGCCCCCCCCAAAAAAAGCAAUGUACUUAUUUAUGGCACCUUAUAUCCUAGUUAAGGAGCAUGCAGUCUCUUUAGUAGUUUGACUCCUUUGUGAUUGAGCAGAGCGGCAUUGUUCUUCCAGCAAUCCAGAAUCGCCAUGAGGCCGGCAAAAUGGCUUUUGCAGCUUUGGUGCUGGCUCAACUCUACCAGAAUCUUAUACAUUCACAAUUACUAAGAAUUAUAUGCAGUAUAUAGAACCAGGAUCACUGCUGAUGUUAACCAGUAAUACUCUUGCAGCCUAACAACCCAUAAGCAUGAAAUAGCUUCGCCUCUCACUUGUUAGAACUUCAGACCAAACGGGAGCUGAGUGCUUGUUUGAAUUGUUCACUUUUCAAUGAAACAUACAUGCCUUUUGUUAGGCACUGACUGAGCAGUGUAGUGGCUUUAACCUACAGGAACAAUGUGUUAGGCUGCUGUUUUUUUUUAAUUUGCCAACGCUUCAAUUUUCACCAAGUAUUAAAAUAUAUGCAACAUGGCUAGGUCCUGUACAUUUUUAAGUGUUCCAGAUGGAAAUACAUGUAUAAAUUUGGAACAAUAUAUGUAAAAUCUCACUGCUUACAGUGAAAAUGAUAUGUUUGCCCACAUCCACACUUCUGCAAAUCUAUGUAAAUGAAGCCAUGUUCAAAGGGCUUUUGAUAAUCUUAGCAAAGGCAUAUAUAUUUAUGAUACUUUUGUCUCGGGAUGUGUUUGCCUUCUAUGCUCAAGUCAUUUAAUUAGAGUGAGGAAUUCAAAAAAGCUUUUGACUGUUGUUGCUACCAAAAAUUAAACUGUCAGAAUCAUAUUGACAAAUUACCAAGACUUGAAAUAAAAUGCUUACUUUUAAGUUCCCUAAUUAAGAAUUAUUUUUCACCUCCAAUGCAUAGUCUGUUUGCUUGGCUUUUUGAUUUCUCUCUUGGAUGUCUGCUUACUCUCUAGAUCCUUAUUAAUUGUAUUCAUUGAGACAAAGCAACUUCAUAUUCCCUGAAUUUUACUUUGUCUACUUUGUUUCAUAUUAAUUUGUUCCUUAAUGUGUGAAUUGUAGAAGAUCUAUUUUAUAACUCAUUACUGCUACAUAUAUACAGUUGUACAUUGUAUGGAGAAGCAUUACAAAUAAAUUACAUUUGAA